AUGGACACCAUAAAUCCCUUUGUCUUUGGCAUCACCACCCCCAAAGUUUUCUUCGGGCCGGGCUCUGUCAAUGAGCUACCCGGCGAACUCCAGUCCCGCAAGUUCUCGAAACCUCUCAUCAUCUGCUCCCCGUCUCGGACUUCUCUCGCAAAAAGGAUCCUGGACAGCUUGAAAGAAACAGGCUUUUCAGACGUGGAAAUUCUCGAUACUGCCAUUGUCCACAACCCGAGCGACAUCAUCGGUCCCGCCGUUGACCGAGCACAGGGCCGCGAUGUUCUCAUAUCAGUCGGAGGCGGCAGUGCCGUCGGUCUAGGAAAGGCAAUUGCUCUUCGCACCGGCAUGCCGCAAGUGGCUAUUCCAACAACGUACUCGGGCUCCGAGAUGACACCCAUCAUCGGGGAGACAAAAGAUGGAAAGAAGACGUCAACAACAGACCCCAAGAUCUUGCCCAAGGUGGUCAUCUACGACGUUGACCUGACCAUGGAUUUGCCGGUAAAAGUCAGCGGUCCAAGUGGUAUCAACGCUAUGGCGCACUCAUUUGAAGCAUUAUACUCCCGCCAGGCUAGCCCGCUGACAGACCACUUUGCUUUGGAGUCCAUCAGGGCACUGUCGAGUGCCCUACCAGUGAUUGUGUCAGACCCCUCCUCGGUCGAGGCACGCACCUCGGCUCUGUACGGCGCGUUCCUGGCUGGCUUGUUGGCGGCAGCAACCGGCAUCGCGCUACAGCACAAGCUGGCUCACGCGGCCGGCGGUACUCUGAAUCUCCCUCACGCCGAGACACACUCGAUCUUCCUGCCGCACAGUAUGGCGUUCAACGCGCAGGCCUUUCCCGAGGACACUAGGACCAAGCUCUCCUUCGCUCUCGCGCAGAGUACCGAGGAUUCGCCUGCGGGCAUCGUAGCUGGCCUGAAUAAGUUACUCCGGGUCCUGGACAUCCCUACGGGCCUCAAGGAUAUCGGUAUGCAGGAGAAGGACAUUGACCGCGUUGCUGACGUGGCAUCCGAUAAGCCAUAUUGGAAUCCCCGUCCUCUGGAGAAGGUUACGAUUCGUGAAAUCAUCCGCAGAGCGUGGGCUGGGGAGCAGGCACAGACUGAUCUUUAG